AUGCAAUCGGAGAUAGGUAAAUGUAGUACUCCGUCGACAUCGAGUUGUAGUAAUACAAAUUUACAAGAUGCAACAAAAAGUUAUCGUCACGAACGCGAAACUGUUGAAUUUAGCGUAAAAGGACCUGUCGGUAUAAGUUUAAACGAUGACAGUAUAACAAAUUCAGGUUGUGCUGUUUUAGAUCUAAUAUUUUCAAUGCCAUCACAAGUAGGAGAAAUAACUUUUCGAAAUUAUUAUACCAUGUGGCUGAGUAUUUUAGUUAAAAUUAAUUUAAAUUUCUCAGAUAAUGAUAACACGGGAAACAAUACAUCGAAUGCGUCCUCUGCUAAUAACUGUAAGAGUGACACAACAACCGACUGGAUAAAAUCCGUUCCAAAAAAAAUUAUUAUGCCAUAUCCUCAUUACGAAACGGGGAGUCAAGAUAUUGUUUGCAUUCCAGCUACCGAAAGCAUUGUAGAAUGGAAAAAUUUAGUAGCCAUGAGAUUAAUAUUAAGACAACCAUCUCCCGUUUGGAAAACAUUUCACGUUGAAGAAAUUAACGUGUAUAAAGAUUUACCGAGAAGGGGGGCAAACAAAGAAUCUCCUGCCGAAUCAUUAAUGCUGUUGGUAAAAAAACAAACGAUUGCUUCCCUAAAAUGGAUACCUAAAACGGAACACGUUCCUAACGAAACUUUUGGUGCUUAUGAAUUUACUUUCGGAUAG